ACUGUUUUUUUGCUGUUUCAAUUUUUUAGCUUCGUACAUCAUACGUCUUGAGAAAUUGAAAAUUGUCUUUUCAUUGUUUAGCUCUGUUGCAUGUUGUGAUCUUCCCUAUCCUGCGCAUCAUUACAUCGCCUUCGGACUUCAGUAUGGGUCGGUCGUUAGUUGCAGAGGAAACGGUCCGCGAGCGAAUUCAGGGCCUUUUCGGAACUGUUCGGAGCUCGCAAUUGGGCUUAGUCAUCGGGCAAAGAGCUGGAACAAAGGACUACAUUUCACUUCUUGUGCCCACUCCUGCCGAUGGCACGAAUGAAGAAGUUCCGUCUGUUGACUGGGCUUUAGAACAUGCUACGCAGGUGGAGCGAAUGCUGCCAAGUGGGUUCGAGAUCAUCGGGCUAUUCCUGUAUGCUGCACCGAGCACGGCACAGCGCUUGCAGGGCCAGGUGCGCCAGCUGGCGUAUGAACUCUGCAACUCGCACUCGCUGGAUCGCUCGGUGUGCCAGUGGAGUGCCAAAACUAGCCUAGCCUCGGCGCACUCUGCAAGUGCAGUCAUAAUUCAGAUCUGCUCCUCCACGAAGAAGACCGUUUGCCGCACGCUGGAUGUCCAGGACCGGCAGGCAACACUCAAGCCGGCCGAGCUCAAGUAUCAGUCGUUUUUGCGUAGCUGGGCGCAGGUGUCCUGUACGUAUGCACUGGAUGAGACCAUCUUCACGGAGGCGUCCGCGCAUGGCUCGUCACCAUCGGCUCAAGUCCUAAGCAACAUGAAACAAGUAACAGCACAGCUUAACAGCGCAGCCGCUGCUGUUGUUUCCGAUCGUGGACGGCUGUUUCGCAAGCUGGACGAGCCACUGGUGGCGCGGUCCUCUGGCCGAGGUGCCGCUGUACACUCGCCGACCAUUCAGCUAGAGCUGUGGAGUGGCGGCGGUGGUGGUGGUGCGGACGUCGACGAUGCCAUCGAGGUGCGCAGCUGCUCUGACUGCCUGCGGGUGCGCGGCAACAUCUGCGCGCGGUCCUACGUGCACGACAAGGCGACGUUCCGGGAAGCGGUGGACCUGUUGAAGCUGGACGUACUGCGCAGUAUCACCACACGGCUACACCUACUGUCGGAGGAUGCACAGGAUAUGAACGAGGACGGUGCAGCACAGGCGUCAGACGGAACGGAGAAAAAGGAAAAGACCGCGACGGCAAAGCCGCGGCAGCAGCAGGUGCUCAUCUGUCCCGAGCGCUGUUUUGGUGUCAUCGACUCGGCCAGUCCGAUUGCAGUGUGUGAUUACCUCUUCCCUGGUGAGCUGGUGUCGGCAUGCGCUCAGCGUGUUAGUGACAUGCUUGGCACCUCACUGAAAGACGACAGUUUUGUGCGACCGGAGUCCAUGCCAUCUUCGCAAGCGGAAGCGCUGAAGAUAAUUGGCUCGCGGGCUGCCAGCAAGGACAGGCAAUCUGCUGCUGCUGCCGCCACUGGUGGCCAGGGGAGUGCUGAUGCAGGCAAAGUUGCACCGCGUGGCUCCUCGUGUACCACCAUUGUGGGCGCUGUGUUGGUGGCUGCCAUUGCAGGUAUCUCUAGUCUAGUACUCUCCUCAUACCAAUAGUAUUUACUACUGCUACUGCUGCUGCUGCUGUCCUGCGUAUGCUACUAACUUUCUUUUCUAGUUACUGCCAUUCCCCUAGUUGAUUAUUGCUCUUUGUUUGCACGCCUGUACCGUCACCCGUGGUCCGCUCUGGUCUCAGCGCAUCACACUGCCCUUCGAGCAAUGCCAGCUGUUAUAGUAUGCAUGCAGUCAUAUUUAUGUACAUGUAGCUGGUCUAUGUAACUGUUGGCAGUACCAUGAACACUGCUGAGUGUUAGCAGGCAAGGACCUGUCAAGCACCUGUCAAGUAUGGCAACCAGUGAGUACUAAAGACUUUUUUACAUAGUACAUGGGUACUGUAAAUCAACUAAUUUUCGCUGGCGAUUUAAUUUUGCUGAUUUCGCCGCUGGGUAACAACCGGCCAAAGUAAAUCGCCGGCCAAAGUUUGUCAUAGAGGCAAAUGAUGCGUGGAUGCAUGUGAGAGCACCAACUACUGAUCGAUUUCUUUGUUGAAAACCCUAAUCGGCCAAAGUUUAAUGACGGCCAAAAGUUUCAUUUCGAUAUCGGCCAAAGUUUCUCACCGGCCAAAAAUUGUUGAUUUACAGUAUUUACUACUCCCUGACGGGAUUGUCCUCUUUUCUUUUUCAGUUACGCCCCGAAGCAUUCAAUGAUUUCAGUUUCAUAUUUUCACAAUCCGGUUUUCUGAAAUUCGAAAAGAAAACAUGAAGCUACAAUUCCCUCAAACUGUAAACCCAAUAAUAUUAUUAUGUUCACAAUUUGAUGUAUAAGGCUGCAAGGUAUUGCAAGCGAAGUCUGUACUGGCCAAUUAUGUGCUACUUGUACUUGUAGCGGCAUUGCAGCUUGUCGCGUACUUUCUGCUGUGCGGAGUAUAACACUACUGUGUGUGGCAAUGGA